UGGGAGCACUGGGAGGCGCUGGGAGCAUUGGUUGCACUGGGUGGCACUGGUUGUACUGGGAGCACUGGGAGGGCACUGGGAGAAAGUGGGAGCACUGGAGGGCUCCAGGGGUCUUGGAGGCACUGGGAGAGCGUUGGUUGUACUGGGAGGUCACGUGGUCCCGAGGGGGCGGGGCUUGUCCCAGCCCCGCACUCCUGGCGGCGCCCCCCUCUCGUGCGCACUGACGUCAUUUCUCGGCGCCGCUCUCUGACGUCACCGUCCGCGCGCUCCCGCCUGGUGCCGCCAUGGAGGAGGUGGCGGCGCCGCAGAAGCGCUUCUACCGGCAGCGCGCGCACGCGAACCCGCUGGCCGAUCGCGGGCUGCGGCACCCCCCCCGCCCGCAGGAUAUGGACUGGGCUGAGCUUUUCCCGGAUUUCUUCCCACCCGCCGCCCCCCCCGGGCAGCCGCCCCCCCGCGUCGAGUUCGCCGAUCUGGGCUGCGGCUACGGGGGGCUCCUGGUGUCGCUGUCACCGCUGUUCCCGCAGUCGCUGAUGUUGGGGCUGGAGCUGAGGGCGAAGGUGGCGGCGUUCGCGGGGCAGCGGCUGCGGGCGCUGCGGGCGGCACAGCGCGGCUCCUUCGGCAACGCCGCCGUCCUGCGCGCCAACGCCAUGAAACACCUGCCCCACUUCUUCCACAAGGGACAGCUUUCCAAGCUGUUUUUCCUCUUCCCGGACCCCCACUUCAAGCGCCCCAAACACAAGUGGCGAAUCAUCAGCCCCGCGCUCCUCGCCCAGUACGGAUAUGUCCUACGCCCCGGGGGCUUGGUUUACACCGUGACGGACGUUCCAGAGCUUCAUGAGUGGAUGGUGACGCAUUUUGGGGAUCAUCCGCUCUUCGAGGCAGUACCUUUGGAUCAGUUGGAGGAUGAUCCGGUGGCGCCGCUCUUGGCCACAGCCACCGAGGAGGGGCGUAAAGUCCAACGCUCCGGUCGCCCCGUUUUUCCCGCUGUUUUCCGACGUCUCCAGGAUCCCGAUCCGGGGGGGGCACUUUAAAUGGGGGGGGGG